CUAAGUUUGUACAUACUCCUUUACCAAUUAUUUUAUAUCAAAACACCCUCACGUAAGUCACAUUCUGAGUGGCCUAUCAAUAAAUACGGCCGUGCACACGCACUUUUCCAUGCGGUGAGACUCGAAAAUAGCUUCAUAACGCUAGAAGUAAUUCAAGCAUUACUCUCAAGAAAAGCAAAUUUUAUCUCGUUAUUUCGUUAAACGCCUAUUGAUGCACUUCGGAAACUAUGAUGGGAAAAUUAUCGAACUUAAAAUAGAACAUAACGUGAAUAAGUUAACUUCGAUAGAAUUCGAGCUUUUCAAAAUAAAUUACUGUCACCAUGAGCUAGUACCAAUUUUUACUAAGCUAAUUACUGAAGGUUAUAGUAUAUUAAAUGAUCAAGAACUUGCAACUAAAGGAAAUGACAUGGAACUAUUUCACUUCUUAUCCGCAGGCCCUCUCGCUAUUAAUUCCGGUCCUCAAAAAUUAUUUCAAAAUAUCAAUGAAAUAAAAAAAGAUUUAAUUAUCAAUAAAAAGUUUAUACCUUUCCCUCCUCGUCCUACUUAUGAAGAUACAGUACAUUAUAUUCAAUUAAUGCAAGCAAGAGCACAUGAGGAGUGCUCUUUUAAUAUUAUUCCCUCCAACACCACCUGCCCUGGUGUACGUGCUAUCGUUACUGAUCUUGGAUUUAAAUUGACUGAUAUUUUCACGGAAGAGACAUUUUAUUUAUUUAAAUAUAGAUUAAAUGAAAUCAGCGAUGCCUUAGUGAACUUAUUUCAACUUGAAAAUAUCUUGAAUAAACCAAAAUUAAAUGGUUCACUCAAAUCGAUUCCUGUAAUAAAAGUAUAUAAAUUGUUUAAGAUUCACGAGAAUUUAAUUACUUAA